AAAAAACAUCCUUCCUAAACACUCAAACACAAGCGUAGCUUUAAAGGUCUACAUAAACACAUAUUCUAUCUCCUCACUCUGCAAUCUGCUCUUUCCCCGCCUUUCUUCCGGUAUCUGGUGCUGGUUAUAAUCGGAACCGGCCGCCUAUUCCCUCGAUUAGGGUUCAAUUUCCGCUUUGAAAUGGCAGACGCUUACUGGCGAUACAAUGAUGUUAGGCCGCCGCCGCAAGCUCUUCCGCCCCUCCUCGCUAAACGCCCUCGAUCUGAAUAUGAUCCUACAAGUGGCCAUGACUUGCAUGGGUAUUAUGUUGGCAAUGAUGGAAGGGGAGUUCAUCGGGUGAUUCGAGAUACUGAUCCUAUGGGAGCAUCCUAUGACCGUUAUUUGCAAAGCGCGAAAAUUUCCACAUAUGGUGGUGGUGAACCUGCAAGAUCCCUGGGUGGUGGAAUAAUAGGUGCGCAUCCCAGCGACGAUCCACGUGCCUUGGGCAUUAUGGGGCCAGACCCUAUGGCUGCAAAAGGCAGGGCAAUUGGUGCAGUAGGAGGUGGUGGGAGGAAUGAAAUUCCUCUCCCUUCAGAUGCUUCAAGUACACUUUAUGUGGAGGGCUUACCUGCUAAUUGUACUCGACGUGAAGUGUCUCACAUAUUCCGCCCAUUUGUGGGCUAUAAAGAAGUAAGACUAGUAACAAAGGAUUCUAGACGGCCUGAUGGCGAUCCAUUGGUCUUUUGCUUUGUUGACUUUGCAAGCCCAGCUCAUGCUGCUACUGCAAUGGAAGCUCUACAAGGUUAUUUGUUUGACGAGCUCGAGCGUGAUUCGGUUACUCUAAGGCUGCAAUUUGCUCGCCAUCCUGGUGCACGCCCAGGUGGCGGACCACGUGGAAGACGUUGAAUGUAUGUGCAUUUGUGCAGGACCCACUCGAAUUGCGAUAGUACGAUAAUGAGAGACGUUAUGCCAGCGUUGCGGGGUUUCUUUUGCGAUAUGUUGCGGCGCUUACAUUAGGUCAUACGAGCUAUAAAUUCGGUGGAAAACUUGUUAUUCAAGGAACUAAUAUUUGUAUUUAAAAUGUUGUGACCUUGUUUUCUGCCCAUGAGGUGUACUGGACAAGACAGCUGUUUCAGUUUAUUCCUUAGGUGGACACCUUAAGGUUGAUUUCAUAUGCGUUUUAGCUUAAGCAGUAAUCGUGUUUGGAUGUUUUUUUUAAAUCAAGUAAAAGCGUGUCAUUAGCUAUACCUUGCCUGAUGAUGCACGUAAAUUGUCUCAAGUCAUGUACUGGUUUUGUGCUCACUCUGUA